AGAUUGGUGGCAGAAUUCCCUGCAACUGGAGGAAUACUUACUUCGUGGCAGUUUUACACUGUGAAGCUCCUAAGAUAUGUUAGUUACUAUGAUUAUUUUAUUGCUUCCUGUGAAAUCACGUUUUGCAUUUUUCUUUUUAUCUUCACAACACAAGAAAUCAAAAGAAUGAAAGAAUUUAAGUCUGACUAUUUCAAAAGUAUUUGGAACUGGCUAGAAUUGCUACUUUUGCUGUUGUGUUUUGUGGCUGUUUCCUUCAACAUAUACUGUAAUGUACAAAUUUUUAUCUUACUUGGACAGUUAUUGAAAAGUACUGAAAAAUAUUCAGACUUCUAUUUUCUUGCAUACUGGUACAUUUAUUACAACAAUAUAAUUGCUAUUACCAUCUUCUUUGCAUGGAUAAAGAUAUUCAAGUUCAUAAGCUUUAAUAAGACAAUGUCUCAGUUGUCAUCAACCUUGUCCCGCUGUAUCAAAGACAUAGUAGGAUUUGCCAUCAUGUUUUUUAUAAUAUUCUUUGCUUAUGCCCAGUUAGGAUUUCUUAUUUUUGGAUCACAAGUUGAUGACUUUUCCACUUUUCAGAAUUCCAUAUUUGCACAAUUUCGAAUUGUUCUUGGAGAUUUUAAUUUUGCUGGUAUUCAGCAAGCCAAUCGGAUUUUGGGACCUAUUUACUUCAUCACUUUCAUCUUUUUUGUGUUCUUUGUCCUGCUGAACAUGUUCUUGGCAAUAAUUAAUGAUACCUAUUCUGAAGUGAAAGCUGAUUAUUCAAUAGGCAGAAGGCCAGAUUUUGAACUUGGUAAAAUGAUUAAAAAGAGUUAUGAAAAUGCACUCAAGAAACUCAAACUGAAGAAAGCUGAAAAAGAUGAAGACAAGAAAAUCAAAGUCAGUGAAGAUUUGACUGAACAAGCCAGAAGAGAAGGCUUUGAUGAAAAUGAGAUUAAAAAGGCAGAGCAGAUGAAAAAAUGGAAAGACAGGCUUGAGAAAAAGUAUUAUUCUACGGAAAUUCCAGAUGACUACCAGCCUGUCACUCAAGAAGAAUUUCGAGAACUUUUUUUGUAUACUGUGGAGCUGGAAAAGGAGUUACACUAUAUCAAUUCAAAAGUAAACCAAGUGAUGAGAAAGCUUUCAGCUCUACAAUGAGACACAUGGAGUGGCACCACAACCAAGUACAAAAUGAGAUACUCUGAGUGUCUGACAACAUGAACUCAAGUACCAGCCAAGUACACACGAUGAUAGCUUCAAGGAAUACAACUGACGCUAUGAUAUGAAUUUUCAAGGAGCUUAAUUUAUAUGGAUUUUGAAGAAUCUUGUUUGCUUAUAAGAACUUCAAGAAGCCUGAGCUUGGCUUUAAUUUUCUUGUACUCCCUGUACUCCUCAAGCACUGGAACACGAUCCUCUUUCUGAGCAUUCCUAGGGGAGAAAAUAAAAUCUAUAAUGUUAUAAAGA